AUGCAGCGAGUUACUUUGUUGCUCCUGGGAUUCAUGGCCAGCUGUGAAGGUAAGGCAACAAACGUUUGAAAAUAUUGGAUCACGUUGAAGGCUCAUGAUCACAGGGUUUCAUUUGUUAGUUUAUUUUUUAUUGUUUGUUUGUUUCUUUUCAUAUAUAUUCCUUUCAUUUUAAGAUUAUUUAUUGAAGAUUCAACUAUAGUAAAAUUCCGGACUAAGGGCCGACGGAGAAUAUCAGAAAACAAUUUUCCUUCAAACUGACCUCUCUAAAGAAAUUCCUGAGAGAAAUUUGGACAAAGCGAUACGAAGACUGAUUUUAACGUUCGAGUCCAGAAUUGGAGUACAAAGUUUAAGAUCUAAACACCAAAUCAUUAUCGUUAAGUUUUCGUUUGUUUUUCCUUUUUACGCUGUUAAAUGUUCAUUUUGUAUGGCCCGUGUGGAAUUUGUCAGGACAAAAAAAUGUUCUGUAAUUUAUUCGUAUUAGUAUUCAACGUUAGGUUUAGUCAUUUUCCGUUGAUAGAGUUAGUUUUUCAGUCAUUUUAGUUUCGCUUGUUAUUAGCGGUGGUUUGUUUUCGCAAAUCGCAGUUUGAAAUUGCAUAAAAAUGGAUCCGAAAAACAUGAUACAGCAACUAAUUUGUGUGUUUCGUUAAGUUCACUCUUUUCUUUUAUUAGCUAUAUUUCGAAAUUUUGUGUUUAAAGCUUUCUGUUCUAGUUUUAAUCACACUUUAAUCUCUACACCAUAAACGGGGUGGCCAUCAGGGUAGAAUCUUGAAUAAAAGAGAGUUAAAAUUGUAUGGUAGAUAUAUUACUCGUCUAAAACUUAGCAACAAAAUAAGGUCUCGUUUAAAAUUUUUCUCGGGUACAAGUGUACCCUGUUAGGUUACUUACUCUACUCGCUAUUUCUCACGGAAUAGAUAGCGAGUACUAUAGCCAGUAAGGAUGCAGCAUUUGUUUUAGAACGCCAGUGGAUCUAUAUUAAAUUAUUAUAUUCGUGUCUGUCAUUCUAGGACUUCCACAUCUUGUUGGAUACUACCCCCUGAAUUUCUCAAGUAAAGCAAAUGACUACAGUCCGUCUAAGAAUCCAGCAGGGAUCAUCUCCAAUGCUCAGCCUGCACAGGGGCAUUAUGACGAAGUUGGUGGGUCGUAUCAGUUCACGGGAGCGCGCUCACCGCCAAGUUAUAUCUAUCUUAAUGAGUCACAUUAUUUAAAUACGAGGUAAAUUAGGUGUUUUUAUCAUAUAAUAUCUAUUCGGAAAGGUAAUGUAAGGCUGAGAGGCCAUUUGCCAAACCCAGCCGAGCUUAUGUCAGUUUCUGUAGCAUGAAGCGACGAGGGUUUUUUCCACCUCCCUCUCCUCUCUCUCGCAUGACCAGAUAUUUUGAGUCUAACAAUAAUUUAAGAGAUAGAGGGCAGGAUUUCCCUAAGAUUCAGUCUCCAAACGUAAUGCUCUCCUGGUGUUUGACAAAGAGACUCUUUGCUGAAGCGAAAGACGAUAUUACUUUUAUACCAUAUCGAGUAAAUAAGCUAACAUGAUGACUCAGUCGUCAAAUAAGUUAACCGUGUUAAUACGCAAACGUUUCAACUGGCACCAGUGACAGCAAUGUCUGUCGCAUGGAGAACUCUUCAAAUUAGAUGAGAAUGAUAAAACUUAUGCCCCUUCGAAGCAAUUUAAAUCCUUCCUGUAUUGUGCCCUCCUUAUCUUGCUUUUCAGAUUCUCUAUUACACUUCUCGUCUGGGUUUUUCCACAAGGCAGAGAUGGAGAAAUUAUUUCCUACUGGAAGAACUCAAAUUACGGAGUGAGUAUAGCACUUGAAAACUCUCGCCCAGUCUUCCACGUCAAUUCUCUUGAUCGGAUCACGAAGUACUCCGUAAAAGGUAAAAACAACCUGUUGCUGAAUGAAUGGAGUCACAUCGCUGGGGCAUAUGACAAUGAGAGUCAAGCGGCAAAACUUUACGUGGAUGGAAUAGAAGUGGCAAACGCAACAGCAAAAGGGAUUCUGGAAUUAGCGACAGAGUCCCCUUUGUGGCUUGGGUACCUGUUCAAGGGAAGGCUGUCCCAAGUUUGGGUUUUCAAGAAUGCUCUUUCUUUGUACAAUGUAUCUCAAAUAAAAGAUUACCAUAAACCAUCAAGCUCAAGUAAGCAGACAUCCAGUUUUGUUAAUUUGUCUUGCUUGGUUUGUCUCAAUGUAUAUGUUUUGCGGGGUAUCACUCCUUAGUGUAUGUAUGAUUCAAACAAAAGACAAAUACAGCUGAGCUACGGUAAUUUACUUAUGAGUUUUCUUUAGUUAAACAAACUCGAAACACUACUCAAGAGGACUUUUUCAAAUUUUACAGGUUUAUCGACUGCUAUUUUAACACCAGUUGAAUUAUCACCAACAUCAUCUAUGACACCCUCCAACAAUCCAUUUCCAAACACGAUUAUCAAUCCAACGAUAAUCAAGGUACCCAAUCCAACGAAAAACACGGAACUCAAUCCAACGAUUACAAGAUUGUCCUAUCAAGCGACGAUUCAUAACACGUCAACUGUCAAUCAAAGCUUUACGUACGCCACACCCGUUGUCAAUCAAACUUUUCAGUACUUUACGCCCACUGUAAAUCAAACUCUUCCGCUGACCGCUUUCCAGACAGCACCAUUGGAUGCAUCGGCAACAGUAAAACAGAAUGCUACGUCGGCAAGUCUAACUUUCAACAUUACACCAUCUCGUACGAUUGCUUCGCAAUCGAUACUUGGAAGUAGUAUAAGUCAAGGUAGGGUUAGUUUAUUUAUUGUGUAUUUACGUGUUAAAUACUAACACACAUGUAAAAGGGAAGUUUCGAUUCUAGGGAACGGGUAAACACCACAUGCGAUCGUCUCGUUAAUCGUGCUAUGUGAAGACAAUUACUACUCCCUCAGAUAAGAUGUUGUGCCAUCAAAGGGCAUGGCCUCUCCUCUCGUAUUUCGUCAGGUUUACCUGACAGUUGGUUGGCACAUUGAUUUUAGGUCGAGAGAGGCAUGGUGAGAGUAAAGUGUCCUCCCUAAGAACGUAAGUGUGAAGGUACUUAUUUGAGUGAUCUCGAGUUCAAGGCCUAUACCCAGAGGCCACCGCGUCUCUUGCGAUUAACCUACCGGGAGAUUUUUCCGGAUUUUUAAUGCAGACUAAAGAAGGCGGGUAUGGUGAUAAAAAAAACCCGUGAUUGCGGAUGCAUGAUUCUCGGACCGUACACUUCAAAAUUUGUGUUAUCAGUCUUGAAUCCGAGGGAGGUCCAAACUUUUAAUUUCAAAAAGCAGGAGCCAAGUUUGACACGCGUUAUUUCUUUUGUCUCACAGUCCAGCCCCUCAGGUGUUAUGAGUCCUUAUGCCGAGGAUCAAUGAUCAAUUGCAGUGAAAAUAACUUGAAACAAAGAGUUUGUGAGCCGAGUGACGAUCGAUGUGCCUGGGUCUAUAAGCGACUUAAUUCAAGUUUUCAAGAUCUGUACAUGAACUGCACUUCAAGCAAUUUAUGCAAAGACGUUGGCCCAUCAUGUGAUCUGCUGAUGAAAAACAGAGAUGUGUGCUGCGACUAUUUGUGUUGUGACUCACCACUUUGCAAAAAGCCGAAAUAUUUGCAAGGUAGGCUAAGUUCGCGUAAAAAGCCUACAACGAAGGCGUCUUUGCAUACACUGAUUGUAGCUCCUUUGACCAGCUGCGGGGACUGAAGGGGGAGGAGAGGCAGUAAUGAAAAACACAGGUUCAAAACAAAGGAACUUACGUCUCACGUGUAGUAUUAUCGUUCCUAUAAUUUCUAAACCAAUUCGGAAUAGAGAAGUUUUUCGAACGAGUAUCGCUAGCGCAGUUUUUAAAUGAGUGUCGAACGUAGUCUGAAAUUUCUUUGGUUUUGCCUCACUUUGCUUUGUGAUUGGUCCAGGAAAAAUCGCGUCAACCAAUCAGAUGCAAAACUAAAACCAAUCACGUCUUGGUCGCCCGCGUUUUCCCGUGCGUUGUUUUUACUUUGAACACUCAUCGGUUCUUCAAGGUGUUUUCCUUGUUUCUGAUUGGCUGUUGUAAUUGGUUUGGUUUUGGCUUUACGACAAUCCAAUCAAAAAGCUCUCUAGCUGAUCUCAAGUGCAGAGAAAAACAAGGGACUAAGUCGCACUUGAAUUCAGUUUUGCAAUUGAUUGAUUCAUAAGCGAGGGAGCAGGAGUUCAAGUUAACCAAUCAGAGAGCGUAGAAAAGCAAAACCAAUGCAAUCGCGGGUUAUUUUCAAAACAUGAGUGAAAAGGGCUUAAAAUUAUGUGUAGUCUGGUUGAUCGAUUGCUCUGAGCCGGAACAAAAAAUACAACAAAAGAAACAAAAAGAAUAGAGCUUAAUUUUUGAAUGGUCUAACCCAUCAAUUAGCAAGUUUUUUUCAUUCACACUUUUUUCAGGUGGGAAGUCGUGCAAAAGAAAACCCGAUCUCGUCGCGGUCAUUUACGGAGGCAUUGAGGUCAUCCGAGGACAUAACGAAAACAUCACAAUGAAUGCGUCACUUUCAUAUGACCCGGAUGUUGGCAUCGGUGACUACUCGGGAAUGAACUUUACCUGGUUUUAUGGCGAGAUUACAGGCAAUUACACCGGCCUACAGACAGCUACGAAUGAUAGUCAGACAGGGUUAGACGAGUCGAUUAUUCGUUAUUUUGGGAACGAUUCUGGUAUAGAAAUCACCUUUAAUACAGCACCACUGCUCCUCAACAGGACAUACGUGGUUAAACUGGUUGUCUCUAAAGACUAUCGCGACUCGAGUGCAUAUCAAAUUAUUCAGUUGGUGAAAGGAGACCCACCUGAAAUAUACCAACGGUAAGCGAGUUGUUUUGUGCCGUUCAGUCAGAUUGAAUUAAGCAACUGUUAACAAAAUUCGUUGUAUUUACAUACACAGUUUUAGAUUGCCGCUGAUUAAGUACAGUGGGAGCGGUUUCCCACACCAUUUUUACCAAGUUUUUUUGACGGAACGAUUUUAAGGCAGUUCCGAGAACGUAGUAACUACGAAUCAUCGGAUAGCUCCUCAUAAGUAGAAUGCUGUAGUCGUCGUUAAAAAAAGUACAAGCAUUCUGGACGCAUUCAAGUGAUUGUGUUUCUUUCCACUAAGCGCAGCUGUCCGCCACACAACCGUUAAGUUUAGAAAUGAUUAUUGUUUACGUUAGAAAUUUUUCUCCCUCAUCAAAAGCAAUUAAAAUACUUAAUUGACUAUUAACUUGCCUAUCCUUGACGAGCAAGUUUCGUCAUGCACCUGAGCCAAGAGCCAUCCAGCUUAAGCCGGCGACAUACCCGGCGAUUUAAACGCCGAUCGGCAAAAAUCGCCAGGUGUGCUCGAUGCAAUGAUUGCGAUCAAAUUUGCCGCGAUCGGCCGAUAAAAUCGCCAGGUGUGUCGCCGACUUAACUCUCCAGUUAUUUGUCAUAAUUUUAUGCCAUUUUUUAUUUUUAAGAUGCCUAGUAAACUGUGGACUGAAAGUUGUUCCACAAGUUAAACUCAGUAUUCAGUCACAAUGCCAGGGGUCCCUGUGCUCCAAUAUCUCUUCGUAUGAGUGGAUACUCUAUGAACAAUCCUCUUCAUCUGCAAACAACGGCAUCUGGAUUCGAAAACAACAUUUACAGCUUAUCACAGACACACCACUCGGUUCAAGUAAUAUCGUCAUCAAAAAAGGUUCCCUCUCUGGGAGAACAAAUUACCGUCUGGCAUUGUUUGUUCAAACUACCGCCGGCUUACCAGGGAUGAGUGCAUACGACAUAUCCACUACGUCAGCGCCUACAGGGGGCACAUGCACGAUCACUCCCUCCAGCGGCAUCUCUCUGAAAACUGACUUCAACCUGACAUGCAGUAACUGGAAAAGUGACAGCAUACCUCUGUCCUACCAGUUUCAACAUCAACUAGAGAACGGUCUAUACAGUAUGUUGUUUCAUGGUUUUAACAACACGGUUAGCUCUUGGUUACCGCCUGGUAAUCUGUCGGAAAACUUCACUGUAAAGGUCAAAGUGAUAAUUACUGAUUAUGUUGGUGCCUCUGCUGCGGUGACAAAUUUGUCUGUGCAGGUACGACUUUAUGUUUCCAGCUGUUUUGGUCAUGACGUCAUCAGGACGAACUGAUGACGUUAUAAAAUUAUGAUAUCAUUGCGAAGUGACCAUUUUUGUGAAAUUAACACCCAUAUUUUCCAUUUCUUCAGCUGUUAAGAAGGUUCGAGGUAUUCUUUUAGUAGAGGGGGGCGUGAGUUUUGAACGAUUCGUUAUCCGGUAUCCGAACCUCCCUUACUUUUUCUUAUUUCUUAAAGAAAAGCCCAGAAAAACCAAGCGUUUAUAUUUUGUAGCAUGAUUAUUUUGAUUGCUAACACACGCGAGUUGGUCAGUGAAUUGUAAUCGUAUAGAUUGUAGAGAUUUUUAGAAUGUCAUUACUUCGUUGAAGCGAAGGGGAUUUUUCUUCAAAUCCCCCAAGGGGUAGAACUAUUCUUAUCGAGUCUGAGAUAUGGUAAGAUUAGUUUUUGCUGUGGCCUUUUUUUAUUUUAUUUUCCAGUCGAUUGGUUCAUGUUUGACUUUCUGUAGGUGAAGCCAUCGGAGCUUUUGAGGCCAGAAAACAUCAGCAGCUUUUUGACAGCCAAUGAUAGUUUGCUUAACGACGUAAUCCAGGAUGGAGACUUAAGUAGAGCUGCACAAGUUGCAAAUUCUGUCCUUCAGACUGUUUCCCAGGAUAGCACCGUUAGUUUACAGGAUAAGGCUAAGGUAAGUCAGCUUGAUGUUGAGUUAGUGAUUGAGGUGAAAAUUGCUCCGUAAACCGCACAAUUCUUUUAUCCUCGUUACUCUCACCAUUGUAGUUAAAAUUUUGUCUUUUUGGUAAGGGGGGAGGGGUGGUGAGCAAUACAUACACUACGAUUAAAUUGAUUCAUGAAACUUACAGUGUCUCAGAAGUAUCUUCUUUCAUCUCCACAGAUUCAAGAUUUUCUGAUCAAAAAGAUCAUCUCUCUACCUGUGCAAAAUCUUCCAGACCUUCUCCAAAGCACGUCUGUAAUUGGCUCUGCUUUACAGGUUUCGGAGAGAGUGUCCUCCAAUACUCUGGUAUGAAAAUUGUUAAAAAAAAAAUGAGCAUUUGAUAAUGAAUAUUAUCAACAUUUACGAUUGCUCUAUAUCUUUGAAAUUUUAGGAGUCCGCGAUGUCUGCUGUCGGUUCAAUGACAUCACUUCUCUGGAGAGCCGCCCAGUUAAAAGAAGUGACCGACAUACCGCUAGUCACUCAGUCUGCAGAGAACCUGGGCACAUGUCUCAAUAGUGUGCUGAAAACUGGAGCAGUAAUAGCGUCAGGAGAUUUCGGCUCUGGGCUUCAAGAGCAGGUAUAAUGUUAAGAACACCUGAGCGAUCAUAUAUAUUUCAUACAAUAGGCUAACUCAUACAUGUGUUUUGAUUGGUUCUUGUCUAUACAACCUAUUAGAGGACUGACGCAUAGAUGGCGUCACCGUCAACAGAUUUUGUUUCUUUAUUAUAUAGAAAAAAAAAUUGGAGAUCACAAAAGACAUAGAAAUGUGCUAAGACAAAGAGUCUGAAAUGAUCAAGGAACAUGGGAAUGAGAAUGGGAAGAGAACCUAUGAUACUCACAAACUUUUCAGCUAAGAUUGGUCGGCAGGCGUUGUUGCUACGUUAUACGAUCACUUUGAUGAUCGAAUAAUGACCGAAUUUUGAGUAUUUUCAAGGGCAAAAGGAUAAUGCUUCUACUUCGUAAAAGUCGUUCAUUUUAAGUGCAAAUUGUGGAUACAUCUUUAAUCUUCAAAAAACCGUGUGUUUAUUUAGAAGCACGUACUUUUAAAACUCCGAACAGUAAGUUUUACGAAGCCUGGUGGGCCAAUUUUGGCCCUUUCUUCUCUAGUUUAGGGCUCUUCAAAGCGAGGUCGCGAUCAAAUUUGCCGCUUUAUUCUGCCCGAUGUUUUUAAGAUUAAAUAAACUGCCUGUGUACUUAUCUUCACAGGGUGUGAAAUUCGUUAAGACCGCGAUGCAAACAAUUAGUUUAGUUGCUGACGCAGUAUUAGCUGUUAGAGCCCCGGAUGAGGGCAUGAUCUCCAUAGCAACGAGGGAGCUGAGCAUGACCUUAGGACGCCACAGCCUCGAGAAACUUGCGGGGUUGAGAAUCGAAGCAGCGGGCGGGGUAUUUGUUUUUCCUUCUGACAGCCAAUCAUUACAAUUUACUGUCACUGCAAAAGGUUACAUUGAUACUCAGGUAAGCAUGCUUAUCAAAUUAUUCUCAGAGUCAUCUUAAGAGCGAAUAAGACAUGCUAUUGACUGUGGGGGUCUGUUAGGAAAAAUUUUUGGUUCGUGGUCUUGGGCACCAAUUGGAUUUUUCUUAAGAAUGUAACUCAAGGGCAAAAAGAUGUAGGUGACCGAGCCACGAUUUACUUUUGCAUCUGAUUGGUGGAGGGUGGCGCAUAAGUUUUACUUGACCAAUCACAGACCUUUGUAAGGUAAAAUAGUAGCAAUGUCUGUUACUUUUUACACUCAAUUGAAUUCUAUUUUAAGCUUUUAAUAAUUCAUUUAUGGCAGAUGUUGUCAAUUCCAUUCAACCCCUACACUUGGGACGGAACAAGGAAGCGAGUCAACUCUGAUGUCUUAGCUCUCGACUUAAAAGACGAACGCGUAAUGUGAUUAAAGUGUCAAAUCUCUCAAGCGACAUCAUCAUCGUUACAUCACUACAGCCUCAAGUCAUCGCCUUGGAGAAGCCGCAGUAUUUUACCAAAAAAGGAAAUCUACGUUUUCAUGAGAUAGAUGUUGAGUUCGAAAACACUCUGGUAAAGCUGGAAAUCACUCCUCAAGAGUCCACUGUAAGUCUGUUUGUUUACUUGCAGUAUGGUCAGCGGCCAACUACAAAAGUGCAUGAACUCAACGCUACUGUGUCUAAGUACUCAAGAUGUGUUUGGACGUCAAGUGCGCAAGACAAAAACGAGGGCGAAACUGAGUGUUCAUUUAGUCCAUUUGAACCCAUCGAAUUCUUAGCUAAGAGUUCUGGAAAAUACUUUCUUGGUGUAAAGAUUUCCAAUGCCAGCUUGAUUAUUCCCAUUAAGAGGCGUAAAAGAUCUUGUUUCGGACAGGGACGGCAAAAGCGCUCCUGCGUCGAAGUCAAGGACCCACCGCCCACCCCACCCCGGAGCGAAAAUGUAUCAGUGGUGCCAGUUUAUGACUCUCGAACGGAUUAUAACUAUACUCUGAAGGUAGCCCAAGAGAGCUGUGUGCACUGGUCAGAGGAGCGAGAAAUGUGGAUAACGGACGGCUGUCAGGUACGCUUAGGUCAUAUCAACUCGAAAAACGCGAGAGAUCUCCAAAGGCAUGUCCCUAUGCCUACUGAAGGCAUGUCCGUAUGUCUGCUGAAGGCAUGUCCGUAUGCCCUCUGAAGGCAUAUCCGUAUGCCUUCUGAAGAUGAUCGCAGUUGCUAAAAGAACUGUAGUCUGAUUUUCCGUACUUUCCAAAAUUAUUCUGUACUGUUCAGUAUUUUCAUAUAAUCAUCAUAUGUAGUCUGAAAGAAAGUGACGAAUAAAUUUUUUUGCUUUUACUUGCAGGUUUUAUCUGCACAAUUAAAUGGAUAUCUCAACUGUUCUUGCAAUCAUUUAACUUCGUUUGGGGGAAGCCUUUUAGUGAAACCGAAUCCCAUCGACUUCGACAAGGUCCUGAUCGAAUUCAAGAAACUGGGAGAGACUGGAAAUGUUGCCGUCAUUGUAACUGUGGCCGUAGUUUUUCUUAUCUAUAUUGUCGUGCUCGUUAUCGUCCGGAAAGCAGAUAAAAAAGACAAGAGGAAUGUAAGUAUGAUUGAUAGCAAUAUGUCUUUAUUUGUUUAUGGGAUAAAAAUACAUUUCCUAUGUUACAAUUUAAAAUCUAAAGCGUACAGUGUAUAAAAGAUGUAAAAAGAUCCCCUAUUCUAAUGCUAAAUUUAUUUAAAGACUAAUCUAUUUACAUAGGUACUCUUAGAGUGGACCGUGUUGAUCCUGGGUUUUUCAGAGGAUUUCCUACUAAGGUUAUAAUGGGUCGAUUUGAUUCUAAGUAGAAAAGGCAGGAGAGGACAAUUCACAGUGUUAGAUACUUUCUUGAAAAUGUUACGGUCUUGUGUUUCCAGAAGGUUAUGGACAGUGAUAUGUUAGAACAGAACUGACAGCCACAUAGUAUACUCUAUGCACAAAUUUGUCUACGCUGAGUGGCAAAAGUGCCAGGAAUAUUCCGUCCCUUGACUAAAAAAGGCUUUUGACUGCGGAGAUUUUUAUUCAGUUUUAAACCCUUCCUACCCCCGAAAACAAAAAACAAAAACAAACAAUUCUGUAUAUUAGUGAAUUCUCAGGUCUGAUAGAAAAUGAGAAACAUUGUAUUCGAAUGGGAAACUACGGGUUCAACCAGAAAGGAAAACAAUAUGGCGUGCCCGGACUUUUGACGCUGAUUGAAGCCAUUUUAGAAACUGACCCUUCUCCCCUCCCAAAAAAAAAAACAAAACAAAAACAAAGAAAACAAACAAACAAACAAAAAACCAAACAGAAUGAACCAUAACUGCCCAUAAUUACCUUUAACUCGUUAAGUGAAUGAAAUUAUCUAACUCUAGGUUGGAGGAUAUUUCAUUUUUAGGAAAAGGCGCCUGUUCAUAGAAUUGUUAAUGAAUAUCUUCAUUUGUAUUGCUUUCCAGAAUGGUGCGCCGAUACAGUUGCCUUCCGUGUCGAAUAACUUGCAAGAAUUCGAGAUAACCGUUUCUACAGGUGUCUGGAGAAAUUCUGGCACAACGGCCAGGGUUGCAAUAGAAAUUUACGGAACUACUGAAAGCACUGGUAUUCUUGAGCUCAGCUCGGAAGAGCCUGGUGCAGAGAAUUUGUUAUUUUCUCGAGCUAACACAGACGUGUUCGUUCUUAAAGUUAGCAAUCCUCUUGGCACGAUUCAAGGAGUGCGAAUCGGUCAUGAUAACUCUGGAGAGAGUCCUUCGUGGUUUCUAGAAGAAAUUGUGAUUUUAGACAAGCAGUUUAACAACUCUUGGACAUUUACGGUUAAUCAGUGGUUUGCCCUUGAACGAGGUGACGGUCGAAUCGAGCGUACCUUUGAAUUAACGCCCAAUCAACUAGAUUUCAACCAGGAGGUCAUGAAGCGAUGGUGGAAAGGCCUCACUGAAUCACAUAUUUGGGUUUCAGUUGCAGCAAAGCCACGAAAAAGCCGCUUUUCAAGAGUACAGCGGGCGUCAUGCUGCCUCUCUGUGCUAUUAACGGCUAUGCUCGCUAAUGCGAUGUUCUAUCAAUUGGAUGGUGGCACUGAAGAGGUCUUUCAAAUUGGACCUCUAAAAUUUUCGUGGAGACAAGUAAUUAUUGGUAUUGAAAGCGCGUUAAUUGUAGCACCAAUUAACGUUCUCAUAGUAUUCCUGUUUCAAAAAGGAGGAGAGAGGUCUGAGACUAGCACUGGUCGUUUUUCUAAAGCAACCCUGUUGAUAUAUCUUGCUUGGUUUUUGAUCAUCUGCGCAUGUGCAGUUUCGGCGGUGUUUUCAGUCUUCUACAGUCUGAUGUGGGGAAAGAGUAUCAGUGAAAAGUGGCUUUCCUCAAUGCUGAUAUCGUUCAGCCAGGAUGUAGUAGUCACUGAGCCUGUGAAAGUUUUCUUCAUGGCGAUGUUUGUAGCGGCUAUUUUCAAAAGGAAAGCAAGCAGAGGAAAAGGAUAUGAAAGCAUCGAGGAACCCCAAAGUAGCCCCUCAAAACAAAGGUUAUGGAAUCUAGAAUUAUCCAAGGUGGAAGAGAUGAGAAAGAAUCAAGCCAGAAAACAAAACAUUUCGCAGUUUUUUGUGGACCUUUUUCUUUAUCUUAUUUUCAUUUUUUUGCUAAUGGUGGUUUGUUAUGGUAACAGAAAUGACCAUCGAUAUCUCAUGACAAAGUCCAUCCGAGAAGGAUUACCAAAGUUUAGCACGGUGGGUAAUUUCAUUAAAAGAAUUGCUGUAGUUUAUCAUCAAAAGAAGUCGCAUCCAUCAUCAGAACCCUUUACACUCGGUUUUCUGCCUUUGUUGAUAUACCAAAAAUAGAGAGAGGAUGAAAGCAGACUAGAAUGAAUCAACUUUGGAAAAUUAUUUUGUAUCACUUGCUCAGUCUUUCUUAUCACCUUUAAAAUCCGUUUCCUUGGCUCUACUCCUGUUUAAAAAAAUUAAUUACGCGAACUCUGCCAUAUUUGAACCAGCUUAUUUGCGCACAAAAUGUUUCUACGUACAAACGAUAAUUUUCAUCGUGUUCUUACGAAACACAUUACUUUCUCUUACUUCAUCACUCAGGUACUGAACGAUAAGGAGUUUUGGAGGUGGUUAAACGAUGUUUUCAUACCUGGCGUGUUUGUUGGCAAAUGGUACAAUGGCAAAGAGGAGAAUCAAACCAUGUACAUAGGUGAUAAACAUUCUCUGCUCGUAGGAAUGGCGCGAGUAAGGCAGCUGAGGGUGAAAUCAAGUAAGUUUCGUCGUCAGUUUUCCCAGUAUUAAACCAAAUGUUUGUUAAGACCUACCAAACAACGCCAUUUAACCCAUACGUCAUCCAGUGGCUUCAAACUCAUGGAUAAAUUAGUUUAUACGACAUUGGGUAAAACUUAGUCGUGUACACAACACAGAGUUUAGCAUAAGAUAUAUUCAUGUAUGCUGCACGGGAUGAAAUACUGUCAAGAACUACAAUCUUAGUUGUUCAUUACUGCCACAGCUUAUUCCAUUUGCCAUACCAUUGUGGAAGAAGUAUGCGUAUGGUCUACAAACUAUACAACUUUUCAUCUACACCCAUGAGAGGUUUAAAGCAAAUUAUAGCACUGAUCACGUUUUGAGAUUCCAAAAUAUGACAUUACUUAAUGAAAAUUGUCUCCAAAUAAGCGAUGAUCAUGCGAUAAACGCCCCCAUUUUGAAUCUUGCCUAGCAACCAGGCCGUUUUCCUGUUAGAUUACCAACUUUUAUCAUGUCCCAGAUCCUAGCAAUCUGUUUUAAUAUUAAGGAGUUACUCUAGAAGGCAUCCUAGCCCUUGACUCGAAUAAUGAUCUGACGACUAAGUGUGAACCGCUUUCUUUGCUUUUUAUCGUGGAUAGUGGUCUGUGGAGGAAAUAAAAUGUUUUUUCCUCCUUUUACAUAUAAUUUUUCAGUUGAUUUUUGGAACAACUCGUUUAGGGAUACCCUGAAUACAAAAAGAAUUUCCCAUUCGAAUUGCUCAAAGGGCAAAAAAUCGAGUCAAAACUGAUCAUCUUUCCUUUUAUGUUAUUUUUAAUUUUUUCAGCCCCGUGUAAAGUCUUGGACUAUAUGAAAACUACCUUUCCGACAUGCUACGAGGGAUUCUCGCAAAUUAACGAAGACAAGACUGUAUUUCAUAAACCGGGAUGGAACCCUGUCGAUAACUCUACGAGUGAUGACGAGCUGCUCCGACUCUGUCCGAAGCCAUGGCGAUACCAAAAUGCUGACACAGCACCAAAGUGGGGAAAGUUCUCGUUUUAUCCAGGGGGAGGAUUUGUUGCAGACCUCGGAUACGAUACUUCCACCGGAUAUAGCAUCGUUGAGAACCUUAAGAGCUAUUACUGGCUGGACAAACAGACCAGAGUUGUUAUGAUGGAAUUUGCCGCGUUCAACCCAUCCGUAAACCUUUUAACUGUUGUGACGUAUUUCUAUGAAGUGGAAGCAUCCGGGUACAAGGUGCCUUUCACAAGAAGUAAUAUUAUUUCUUUGAAUUCGACGGAAACAGCAUCUAAUGAGUUUUAUCUGAUCUGCAUACUUUUGUUCAUCGUGUUCAUUCUGUUCUUCCUCGGAAGAGAAUGCUAUAAGCUUUAUAGGCAACGCUGCAGAUAUUUCAAGUCCUUCUGGAAUUGGGUCGAAAUCUCUCAGAUUACUUUCUCUGUUUCAGCUGUGGUAAUGUAUAUUUUACAAACGAUCAGGGUGUCGGAAACGAUCCAGAAAUUGCAACAAAACAUUUAUGCGAAUGUAAGCUUUCAAGAAGCUAUCGUUUCGCUGGAAGUGGAGAAUGCAACGCUUGGAAUUCUCACUUUUAUCGUCAUUUUGAAACUGUUGAGAAUGAUUCGGUUUAAUUCUCAUAUUGCAGUGUUUUCUAAAACUCUUCAGACAUCCAUGCGUCUUCUUUCAUCAUUCAGUUUCAUUUUAUUUAUCAUUUUUGUGGCUUUCUUGCACUUCGGCAUUUUGAUUUUCGGGAAUGGAUCUGAGUUUUAUUCGUCGAUUCUUAAGGGAACAUACUUUCAACUCGAACUCACUCUGGGACGAGUGAAAGCGAGGCCUAUUAAUACUUUAGCAGAAGCAAAUGAAACCUUUGGAAGAAUCUUCGCUGCUCUAAUACUAUUAAGCCUUACUAUUCUAUCCAUGAACUUUUUCAUCGCUUUAAUGAAUGAAGCACUUUUUGAGGCAAAGGAUUCAGUGAAUCAAAGUGAACUUUAUGAUCUAGUGGAUGCAUACGACUGGCCAAGGAAUGAGGAGAGGAAGGCUUUAUUCGAUGUGGUUAGUAACGCUAUGAAACGGAUGAAAUUCCAGCAAACCUCCACCGCGUUGGAAGAAACAGAAGUAACAAACGUUGCCUUAAAUUCUAACAGAAGCAAGUCAAUUCAUUUUGAUUUAAUCAGCAAAGCCAUUACAGCUUUAAGGAAACGGGAGGUCCAAGAAUCGGUACAUGAAAAACCAAGAAACAUCAGAAGAAAAUCUCUCUUUGAUAGAAUAAGUUCUAUUAUCCAAAAGCGUAGAGAUGAUAGCUCUGAAAGAAACUACAGACGAAAAAUGAAAAAGAAAGUGAACUUUAGAGAUGAUGUUGUUAAAUCUCAACUGAAGAAAAUACACAAAACGAAAAAGGAUUUAUUUCAUCGAUUGGAUAAUAUUGUGCAAGGAUAUUUUGAGGAGGAAGAGAAAUUUCAUAUAAUAUGUCACGAAAUAAAAGCGUAUGGCUCUCAGGAUGAUCUGGGAAACGUUACGGUCACGGGGACUGAGAACGAAUCAUUUUCUUAAAAGUUUCCAAUUUGAUAACAGUAAGAAUUGAAUGUAGAAACUGUAGAGGAGUGAAUAAGAGGGAAGAGGAGAACAUGGUUGGAUCUCGUCGCUAAAGAACAUCAGUAAUUAAAAUCCAGAUAUUUUUCAGUUUUUUAAGUUUUUUUAAUAUUUCUUUGUUUUUAUCUCAUUUUGUUGCUGUUAUACACAAGUCUGAAUCAAUUUCCCAGCUUUUUGACAUUAUUAUAAUAAAUCUAUAAAUAUGUUUUAAAAGGAGCCACCUUAAUUAAACAAAUUUUCGUUUUUUGGUAUCCCCUCAUUAUGUAUUAUUGUCAUCGUUGUCGUUGUCACUGGCAUCAGAAUCGCCUUCUAACUCAAAACAUUUAUUCAAUUUUGUAAUAUAUAAAUCUUUUACUUUUCCUAUGGCUUCUGAAAUACUGUCAUUAACAGGUGUCUUUUGACGGAGCUUAGAUCGAGACAUUUACGGAAGUGAUGAAGUUCAGUUCCGCAGAUGUACGGGUAGUCGUUGAUUUCCGUUCCGGAAUCUUCGGAAUCGGAUUCACAUCCAUGUCUUUCUCCCCAGUGCAAUUACGAUUUUGAUUCAAAAUCUUCCUUGGAUCCUUUUAAUGAAGACUUCAAUUACGUUUCAUUUAAGUACGGUAUACGAUAUCCUGAUGGCCACUAUCGGCAGUUAACAUGGCGAUGUAAUAACACGCCAACAAUCCGUUGACGCAUCAAAAUCAGCCCCAUAUAUACUUGAGGAGCAUUCUAACAAUAUCGAAGUGACCAUUUUGAUACGCACAAUGAAAAGGUGUCAUUCAAUAAUUUUUUCCUUGCUCAACUGGCAGCCUCUCAUAAAGCAGGAGUGUGAUUGACAUUUUCCGUAUCGCUUUUUGCCGCAGCGUGAUGAAAUGGAGAACAAUUUCUCCAAUCUCUAAUAUGAACAUAUGCUUGAAAGUUUUGUUUAAGGAGUGCGAGGACAUCAUGUGUGUAUCUUCGCGGGAUCUUCCCCGUAAGACAAAAUAAAUUUGAUAACAUCAACAGGUCCACAUUAAGGCCGUUCUUUAACCGCUGUUUUGCUCUAGUAUUUUGAACUUCAAAAUUGCGUCUCUUAUAGAGGAAUUAAUUAAGCUGCCUUACGCUUUCGCGUCUUGCGAUCACAUGGGAAAGAAAACUUGUUUGAAAGCUUUCUAUUUAGCAGCCCUGAGUAGUUCUAGGAGCUACUUGGUAACAUAAGUAGGGAUACCUGUGUCACUGCCAUUCCUGUGGUUUAGGCUGAGACGAGAGGGAGCUGGUAACAAGUUUGCUUUCCACUUUGUUGCCAAAGCACUCCUGCUUGUUGUGUUCUGCAAACCACAAGAUACCGGAAUUUUAUGGGUUUUUUUUUCAGCAGAGGAAAACGUUUCGACAAACUCAACCUUAAUUUAUAAACAGUCAUUACAAGAGAUAAGGGAUAUUUUAUUCGUUGUAUCAGGUGCAAUUGACUUAAGACUGCUAAGUGGCCUGUUUCAGCGCGACCGAUUGACAACGUUUGACUUUGGGCACUUCCAUUGAAAAAACUUUUUAUUUAUUUAAAUGGCUUCAAGUGGUGGAUCUGGAGGGAGGUCACCUCAAAAGCUACGAGAAUUAGUUAACUCUAGUAAGGUAAGGCUAAAUUUUAAAAGGUUGACUGUGGUUAGUUGACUUGAAACAAAGCAGCCAAGUUAAUUUUCGACUUGUUGAUAUAUGUCUGAAAUGUCUGAAAACAUUUCUACUCACACAACCAAGUAGAUGCUGGGUUCAAGUUUCUUGUGUACAAAUUUUUUUGAAUUUUUUAUUUUAUUUUAAGAAUCAUGCGGGUAUCUAUGACAGAUCACGAUUGUACAUGUACAUAUGAAUAUUAUAAUUUCCAGUGCAUACAGGAGCCACGUCUAAAGAAUAUUAAAAUUUCUCAGGCUUCUUGAAUGCCUUAUUUAUUAUGUUUAAUACUUAAGAUCUAUUGAGAAGAUAUUUCCUUUUCUUCCAAAAAUAAUGAAAUGUUAGUGAAAGAAAUAAGCGUUCUUAUAUUCAAAUUGCCUCUCUUUGUUUUUAUAUAAUGAAAGGUAUCUAUUUGUUUUCUCAAUUUAUGGACAGGUGGUAAUCUUAUUUAAAGCUCCCAAAAAUCCUCCCAGCUGCUAAUAGUUAACACUGUUUUUAAACCGUUACACCACAACAUCAGUACCCCUACUCUCCACACUCUUCUCUAUACAUUACUUUUGGUACUGAUAAGGAGAAUUUGAUAUACAAUCAAAGCUUCCUAGGUUUGUGAUCAUUUCUUUAAUUCUCAUGAUCUUAAAGAAUGAUUUAGCACUAUUACUAUAAGGAGAAAUUAGAUGCUGGUCACUCUUAGGGUUAAAAGUUUUUUAGGCAGAGUUCUUUCCUUUUUCUUACCCAAAAAACAAAAAACAGACAGUAUUGGAUGUUGAUUAGGAAUGUACACAUGUACACUUGAAAAUUUUUUCUUCAUGUAAACAAAUCAAACUAAAGUUGUGUGUGUGAGCCAUUCACAGUAGGAUCCAAUAGAAUGGGAAAUAACCCCAGUACAUAUCAUUGUCACCCUCUAAUUGUUUGUUGUUUAUAAUUGUAGUUUGACAGUGUGGAAUUUCCUGAAGAAAUGAAAGCAAAUCUGGAAAAGCUAAGAGCACUGUCAAAAGAUGAUUUAUCAGAAAAUGGACUACUGCGUUCUCGCAUUGAUCAGCAGUGUGAACUGAUAUGUAUUCUAAAACAGCGUGCAGACGAAUCUCUGAAGAAGUGCAUGACUCUUGAGGAAGAAAACAGUGAGCUUAAGAAACACAGAGAUGAAAUAUUGACUGCUUUGCAUAAUGAAACAAGAAAGUUUGCUGUGAUGGAGAAAAGAUUCUUUGUGCUUAAUAAGAAUCAUGAGGAACUUAUUAAAAUAAAGGAUGAAUACAAAACUGAGAAUGAAAAAUUACGGAUGGAAAACACUAAUCUGAGGAGGGAAAAUGAAGGACUUUUUGGAAGCCUUGUGCAAGAGCGAGAUGCACAAAUUAAGCAACUAAGAGAUGAGUUGAAAAGUCUCCAUGAUGAAUACCAAGCUGCAAGGGAAAAAGAAAGGUUAGAAUAAAUAAAUAAAUAAUCUAUCUUUUUGCCUCAAUUAACACACUCCCCCCUGCUGCAUAUGCAAGAACCUUUGUUAACUUAAUUCUAAGAGCUUUUUAUGAUGUAACAACUAGUUUCCAUUGUUUCACAAUAACUUCUACAUGUAAUUUCAGCAUAUGGUUUAAGUUAUUUGCUAAUUAAUUGUUAUUUUCCUUUUUAAGGAUAGCAUUGGGAAAUCUGUCUGCUAUGGAAAAGAAGCAUGGUGAACAGACUGAAAAACUUCAGCAAGAAAUCAAAGUUUUGCAGAAAGAGGCAGAAGGUUUGUUCAGGGAAAUUCAUUUUACAUUGUGACUACCAUCACCAGGAUCACUUGCUCAAAAGAGAGCAAUCCUUGUACAGAAAGCAAGGAUUGAAUGCCAUCUAAAUUGUCUGUUGUCUUCUUUUGCUUUUUUCUGAAGCACUGAUUGGAAAAAUUAUGGUAGAAUCUUUGCUUAUUUGCUAAUGGUGUGUUUGGUUGAUUUUUUUUUUAACCCUUUACAUCCAAAAUCAAUAUGCAUAUUCUCCAUACUGUUCUUUAUACAUUUCCCAAGGUGCUGAUAAGGAGAAUUUGUUGAAAAUCAAUAGCUUCUUUUGUUGGUGAUCAUUUCCUUUAUUCUCAUAAAUUUAAUGUGUGAUUCAGGGGUGAUAUUGUAAGGAGAAAUUAGAUGCUAGUCACUCUUAGGGGUCAAAGGGUCAAGUGAUCUCAGUAACAGUACUGGUACUGUAAUUUUUAAUUUUCAGCUAUGAAACAAUUUAUUUUUAUUUUUUAUUGUGUAGUGAAAAUAGAUUUCUUAUGUUCCUUGUUUUGACGUUCCUAUUCUUUAGAGCAGCAUAGGAAGUCAGAGGAAAAGUUGAAAAUGUCCUCAAUAGAGAAAGAUGAAACUCAAGCAAAGGUAUUGGGAUUGGCCAAGGAUAGAGAUGAGUUUGCAAAACUGGCUUUAGAAAGAGGGAAAGCUUUAGAAGUAAGGAUUUGUUUGCAUAUUUUUAGAAAAUGAUAUUUGGUUAUAUUGUAUGCAUACUCUUGUGGCACCAUUUAGCCUCUGAGGGCUGAUGAAGACCUGGACAUGGGCCAAAGGGUCCUAACAAGCCCCCGAGAGGCUAUUUUUUUCCAGAGGCUUCCUAUCAUAGGGAUUUGAUUUACUUGUUUUCAACUGCCAAUGGUACAACAGGUGGCUGUACCAUAAUGCAAAAUGCAAAAUUCAUGAUUAAAUUCAAAUGCUAAUUCAUGAUUAUUAUCACUAUAAUUCAGGAAAAACAAAGAGAAAUGAAAGAGAUUUGUCAGAAACUAGAAGAGACUGAAAGAUCACUGAAAGAGACUGAAGAUAAGUUUGUGUAAGUGUCUAGUAUUUUUAUAUGACAGAGUCUUUCAAUUUAUUUCUUUAUUAUCAUUAUUAUUUUUGAUUUUUUUCUGUGUAAAUAACAUGAUUUAUCACCAAGUUUUAUUGACUGCUAAGACUUUUUUUGACACACUACAGGUCUGAAUUACGCAGCAUGUCUGUGAAUGCACAAGUUCUAAGACUCAAAAAACAGCUUGAAGACUCCGAGAGAAGACAAAGGGAAAGUGCAAAGGUAGGUCAUUAUGAUAUUUUGUGCCAUGAAUUUAUGAAAGACAUAACAUUUAAACUUAAACGUAUACUUGCCGUUUUUCUUUUUCAUUUCUGCUGUCCUAGAAAAGCCAAAACACCGAAUUCGUUCCGUGUUAGACACAUAAGGCGAUGGUUUCUUGAAAUACCCUAUCAGAGUUUGUGUAAACACGUUUUAAGCACAUAUUGUGGAUCAUUCACAUCUAGUGGACGCGAUGACAAGUGCAUUAAGCGCGAUUGGUCGUAGAGCGCGCGUGUAAUGUGCGUGUAACUCUCGCGUAAUUAGAAAGUAAGUGAAACUGACAAGCAAGUGUGAAAAAAAGGUACUAGUUUACCAUUUAUUUUGUGUGAUGUAAUAAUCCGUGAUAGAGCAGCAACAGUAGAAAUAUGUGACCUUAACUGGCUACACCUUAAAAAUUUAUCGAAACCUCUCUUUUUUUGGCAGGAGCACGAUGCAUAUAAACGACAUAUGUCCACCUUGUUGGGAAAGGAGAAGGAACUAAAUAACAAGCUCAGAGUUCUUAUUGGUUAAAAUGCUUCGGAUUCAGUCAUCACGUUCAUGGGCUCGGCGUGACAGAUGUACGAAAGGCACCAACACGUGCACAUCGAUCGCAUGACAGAAUAAAGUCAGGCAUAUAAUUAUAACCUUAAAUUUGGCUGAGGUAGUAAUUAAAGUAUUGAAAUGUCUGUGUAUUACUAUGAGUAGUUAAGUCUCUAUUUGGUGGAUUCAGAUCGUAGCUGUCUAUCACUUGUUUCGAUUCCUCUCAUCCGAUGAUGUACAGUGUACUCAAGCUGUGUUGGAUUAGCUGUGAGGGUAGAGACUCGCUACUGCGUCUUAGUCUCGAUUUCUAAAAAUAACUUUCUUUUUCCACAUUUUUGUUAUUGGAUUAAUUUUCUGCAUAUUGUGACUUUCUUUAGUAAAGAAUGGUGUUGUCUCAUACUUGUGUCUGCGUUUCAAAUGGUUUCGUUGAGGUACAGUUCGUUUAGAGGCGAUCAAUUGUUAACUGGCCCUUUAAUCAAACGACCUGUGUCAGAUUAUAGAUGCUCCCCCUCAACUUCUCUUCCCCCACCUCAGUCAGACGCUAUCAUAGGAUUUGGGAGGCUUUUGUCUAAUUUCGGAUGCUAUUGUUCGAUUUCGGACGCUU